AACUUCAUUCUUUUUCGGCCAAAACUAUUCUCUCUCUUCAGGUCUCACUAUACUCCCUCUCUGGAGAGAGAAAAAGAAGGAAAAUAGGCAAAACCACAAUGCCAGCUCCAACACCUUUCACGAGCGCAUCGGCCAUGAUCCGCCGCCGCCUCCUUCAAUCCACCCGCACGCGCGGAGGUGCAUCCUCCGGGCCUAGCCGCUGGACAAGCCCGGGCCAUGAGGAAACUCCCAAGGGCCUUCUCUUCAACCGCACCCCUCCUCCCCCGGGUCAGUCCCGCAAGUGGGAGGAUUGGGAGCUUCCUUGCUACGUCACCAGCUUCCUCACCAUCGUCAUCCUCGGCGUCGGGCUCAACGCCAAGCCCGACCUCACCAUCGAGACCUGGGCCCACGAGAAGGCCCUCGAGCGCCUCAAGAUGGAGAACAGCCUCGCCGCCUCAACCGGAGCAACAACCACCACUACCGACAACAAUAACAACAACAGCGAUAACGGCGAUAACGUUGAAGAUGUGCCCCACUCUGAGUCUUGAUCCAAUUACUGUCGAUUCGGAUCGGACUUUGAUUGCUACUGGAAGCUCUGAUGGGAGGCGAGUUAAAAUGAAUGAUUCUGGAC